AUGUCGCUAUACUACGACGCCGCGUCAAUUCUCACGACGCCCUCCACUGCUGGUGGUUCAUUUAAGUCUCGGCUCUACAACUCCCGCAACCUUAAAGCUUCUCCCGCACAGGUUUACGCGCUCAUCACCGAAGCAGCCAAAUGGGACAUCCUGCUCAAGGAAGUAAUCGACCAGGCUGGAAUUCUGAAACUUGAACCCAAGGUUGUCCCUCACCAUUGCCCUGUCCUGCUCACCCCAUUGCUUGCUCUUCUCCUCGUCCACGACCAUCUCCUCGCAAAGAAUGGCAUCGCCGCGCCCGCAUCCCACCCGCUCCGUCAAGCAGUUGAAAGGCACAAGAUUCGACUGAAGGGGGAAUUCACAAAAGCGCGCGUGCGGCGCGCCUGCGCGACAAUUCCGGAACUGAAGGAGGCUGUUCGGAAAGAAAAAUUAGCUGCGCUGGGGGCCAAGGGUAGUAGUGGCGCGGUCUAUCCACGCUGGGUUCGGGUCAACAAUGUACGGACAACGAUGGAGGCGCAGUUGAAGACCACCUUUGCGGCGUUCGAGAAUGUCGAGUCACUGGACGGUCUAGUGGUUGGUGGAGACGAUAAGCAGAAGAGAAUGCGGUUAGACCCGCAUAUCCCGGACCUUGUGGCUGUUGCGCCUGGUGUUGAGUUCUCGAGUACGCCGGCGUACAAGAAUGGAGAGAUUAUCCUGCAAGAUAAGGCAUCUUGUUUCCCUGCCUAUCUGUUGCUUGGCGAUGACUGGGAUGGGCAAGGUGAUUUGGUAGAUGGAUGCGCCGCGCCAGGCAAUAAGACUACGCAUAUGGCUUCGUUGCUCCGCAAAGCUAAGUCCAAGAAGAAGGCGGAGUCAUCCCGCAUCAUAUCCAUGGAUGCCUCCUCAAUCCGCGCAAAGACCCUCAAGAAAAUGGUCUCUAUCGCUGGCGCAGAUAGCUUCACCAGCGUCCUUCAGGGACAGGACUUUCUCGCACUUGACCCGCAAGACCCUCGCUUUAAGGAUGUCACAGGCCUUCUUCUGGACCCUUCCUGCUCAGGGAGCGGCAUCAUCGGCCGCGACGAUGUCCCCCAGCUCGUCCUCCCUGCGCCUGGGAGACCCACCCCAGCAUCAGGAUCGAAGAACCAAACCCAAGGUAAAAAGCGCAAGCGCAACGACUCAUCUGGAUCCUCCUCCAACCAACCCUCCACACCCUCAUCAUUAACAUCAGCAGCAACGCCGUCAACAUCCGAAAACGACACUCCCAUUUCCGAAAUAACUCAAGAUCGCCUCCUCAAACUCUCAAACCUUCAGUUCCGAAUCGUCACACAUGCACUCGCCUUCCCCGCCGCUAGGAAGGUGACAUACAGCACGUGCUCAAUCCAUCUUCUCGAGAACGAGGCCGUCGUGCAACGGAUACUGGAAAGUGAUAUUGCGAAGCGGAGAGGAUGGAGAGUUCUCAGGCGGGAUGAGCAGCCUGAAGGCUUGAAGAAGUGGAUUCAUCGCGGUGUGAAGCGAGAGGAGCCGAGUGCGGAUGGUGCCAUUGAGGGUGGUGAGGUGAAUUUGUCGGAUGAGGAGUUAGGGGGUUGUUUGAGAUGUUGGCCUGGGGAUGAGGAGGGGACAGGCGGGUUCUUUGUUGCGGGGUUUGUGAGGGAGGGAGAUGAUGAUGGUUCAAUGGUAGAUGCCGAGAACGAGAGUGAGGACCAGGAUAGCAUUGAACAAGAGAAUGAAGAUGAGGAUGAGGAAUGGGAGGGAUUCUCCGAUUAAACCACCACUCUUCUCCUAUAGAAUAUCUUCAAAGAUAAUGACAUGUUUUAUCCAUGGUGUAUUUAUAAUUCGAUAUGCUGCGUAUAUACGUAGGUACAAUGCA